GUCGAGGUCCCGUCUGCCGGUCCUUGAAAAGUAUAGAAGCAAUUUUUGAAUAUCUGGUAUAUCCCGAUAGGAUAUAUUGUAGGAUAAAAGGAGCACCAUGGCCAUCCGCUACCCUAUCAUUACAAGCCACUUCAUCCCAUCAAGUGUCUCGUACAAGUGACAUCAACCCUCAGUUUAUGCUCAGAAUGACCCGAACAGACCUCAAAGUCGACGCGGUCGUAAUCGGCGGCGGUUUUGGCGGCUGCAAUGCCCUCUACCGCCUCCGCGAGAUGGGCCUCACUACCAAACUCUUCGAAGCAGGGAGCGGCUUCGGCGGCGUCUGGCACUGGAAUGGCUAUCCCGGGGCUCGUGUGGAUAGCGAAAUGCCCGCCUACCAGUUCAAUAUCCCCGCCGUAUGGAAGGACUGGCAUUGGAGUGAACGGUUCCCUGGCGUCGAGGAGCUGAGACGAUACUUUGAACACGUUGAUCGUGUGCUGGAGCUGAGCAAGGAUACUUAUUUCAACACGGUUGUAUCAGAAUGUCGAUUCGACUCAGCGAGUGGGCUAUGGAUCGUCCACACAUCGACCGGCAUAAGGGCAACAUGCAAGUACCUCAUCGCCGCAACGGGAUCCUCCUACAAGAAAUACUUCCCCGACUACCCCGGCCUGAACCAAUACAAGGGCCAGCUAGUCCAUUCAGCUGCAUACCCAGAUAACCUCGAUGUGACGGGGAAGAAGGUCGGCAUUGUCGGCAACGGUGCCUCGGGUCUCCAAAUCGUCCAGGAACUGGCAAAGAAAGAUUGUGAAUUAACCGUGUUCAUUCGCACACCCUGUUUCGCACUCCCCAUGAAACAACGCAAGAUCUCUCCUGAAGAGUCGGAGAUGAUGAAAGGGUACUACGACGCCAUCUUCGACCGCUGCUAUAAAUCCGUCACGGGAUUCCCGCAUAAUACCAAGCCUCAGGCGACUAACACGGCAUCGCCCGAGGAACGAAAGGCUAUUUUCGAUCAGCUUUGGCAGCGGGGUGGAUAUAGUUUCUUGGUUUCGAAUUACUAUGACUUCCUGCUUAACGAGGAGGCCAACUCGAUCUUCUACAAUUACUGGGUACAACAGGUUCGAGUGCGUAUGACGAACCAGAAGAAGAUGGAUCUUGUUGCGCCGUUGAAGCAGACUUACUUGGUCGGUACUAAGCGGCCUAGUCUGGAGCAAGAUUACUAUGAGAUGAUCGAUCGGGAGAAUGUCAUACUGCAUGAUUUGAAGAAGGCCCCCAUCCUGGAGUUCGAUGAGACCGGCGUCGUCACGGCCGAGGGCCAUCGUGAUCUCGACAUCGUCAUCUUUGCGACGGGAUACGAUGCCGUCACGGGUAGUUUGUUGGAUCUGGGGAUCGAAGAUCGGAACCAGGUUUCUCUGAGCGAGAAAUGGAAGGAUGGAACGGCUACUCAUCUGGGCUUGAUGGUUCCAGACGCGCCGAAUCUCUUCCUGGUUUAUGGUCCACAGGCACCGACUUCGUUGGCUAAUGGACCGCCUUUCAUUGAGAUGGAGGUCGAUUGGAUCUGUCGGGCUAUUACGAAGAUGAGCGAUGAGGGGUUGGCAUACGUUGCACCCACGGCUAAGGCAGCAGAGGAGUGGAAGGAGGAGGUUCGGUUGGUGUCCGAGAAUACGCUCUAUCCGAAGACGAACUCGUGGUAUAUGGGUACUAAUAUCCCGGGAAAGAGACGGGAGCCAUUGAUUUAUCUCGGUGGCAUGCCAAGGUGGUGGCAGAAGUGCAAUGAUGCGCUUGAGAACUGGGAGGGCUUUUCUACUCAGUCGCUGUAGAUUAUUG